AGCUGAACAUGAAGGCAAAGGAAGUAAGUUCAAACUGCCAAGUCUUGGAUUGUCUGUCCCUCAAGCCAAAGGACCAGAUAUCGAUUUAAGUUUAUCAAAGAAAGAUGUAGAUGUUACACUUCCAGAAGGCAAAGCUGAAGUCAAACUCCCUGAUGUUGAAAUUGAAAAACCUUCUGUUGAAGUGGAAAUUGAAGCUCCUGAGAUAAAGAUUGAAACAAAGGGAAAGAAAGGAUCACCAUCAAAGUUUAAGAUGCCAACAUUCCAAUUGCCAAAAUUUGGAGUUGGUGUCCCAAGUGCCAAAGCAGAGGUACCUGAUAUGGACAAAGGUAUGAAAAUAGAUGGUGUUGAUAUUGAGAUUCCUGAAGUUGGCGUUGCAGCACCCAGCACUGAAUUAAGAGAACCUUCAAUCUCCUUGAAAAUCAGUGGAUCUGAACAUGAAGUAAAAGGAAGUAAGUUCAAACUACCAAAUCUUGGAUUGUCUGUCCCUCAAACCAAAGGGCCUGACAUUGAUUUAAGCUUAUCGAAGAAAGAUGUAGAUGUUACACUUCCAGAAGCUAAAGCUGAAGUCACACUCCCUGAUGUUGAAGUAGAGAAACCUUCUGUUGAAGUAGAAAUUGAAGCUCCUGAGUUCAAAGUUGAGACAAAAGACAAAAAGGGAUCACCAUCAAAAUUUAAGAUGCCUACAUUCAAAUUACCCAAAUUUGGCAUUGGUAUCCCAAGUGCCACAGCAAAAGUACCUGAUUUGGACACAGAUGUUAAAGUAGAUGGUGCUGAUGUUGGUAUCCCUGAAGAGGUUCUUGAAGUUAACAUAGCAGCACCCAGCACUGAAUUAAAAGAACCUUCACUCACCCUGAAAACUACAGGAGCUGAACAUGAAGGCAAAGGAAGCAAGUUCAAACUGCCAAGUCUUGGAUUGUCUGUCCCUCAAGCCAAAGGACCAGAUAUCGAUUUAAGUUUAUCAAAGAAAGAUGUAGAUGUUACACUUCCAGAAGGCAAAGCUGAAGUCAAACUCCCUGAUGUCGAAAUUGAAAAACCUUCUGUUGAAGUUGAAAUUGAAGCUCCUGAGAUAAAGAUUGAAACAAAGGGAAAGAAAGGAUCACCAUCAAAGUUUAAGAUGCCAACAUUCCAAUUGCCAAAAUUUGGAGUGGGUGUCACAAGUGCCACAGCAGAAGUACCAGAUAUGAAGAAAGGUAUGAAAAUAGAUGGUGUUGACAUUGAGAUUCCUGAAGAGGUUCUUGAAGUUAACAUUGCAGCACCCAGCACUGAAUUAAAAGAACCUUCAAUCUCCUUGAAAACCAGUGGAUCUGAACAUGAAGGAAAAGGAAGUAAGUUUAAACUGCCAAGUCUUGGAUUGUCUGUCCCAAAAACCAAAGGGCCUGACAUUGAUUUACGCUUAUCAAAGAAAGACGUAGAUGCUACACUUCCAGAAGCUAAAGCUGAAGUCACACUCCCUGAUGUUGAAGUACAGAAACCUUCUGUUGAAAUUGAAAUUGAAGCUCCUGAGUUCAAAGUUGAGACAAAAGACAAAAAAGGAUCACCAUCAAAAUUUAAGAUGCCUACAUUCAAAUUACCCAAAUUUGGCAUUGGUAUCCCAAGUGCCACAGCAAAAGUACCUGAUUUGGACACAGAUGUUAAAAUAGAUGGUGCUGAUAUUAGUAUACCUGAAGAGGUUCUUGAAGUUGGCAUUGCAGCACCCAGCACUGAAUUAAAAGAACCUUCACUCACCCUGAAAACUACAGGAACAGAACAUGAAGGCAAAGGAAGUAAGUUCAAGCUGCCAAGUCUUGGAUUGUCUGUCCCUCAAGCCAAAGGACCAGAUAUCGAUUUAAGUUUAUCAAAGAAAGAUGUAGAUGUUACACUUCCAGAAGGCAAAGCUGAAGUCAAACUCCCUGAUGUUGAAGUUGAAAAAGCUUCUGUUGAAGUUGGAAUUGAAGCUCCUGAGAUAAAGAUUGAAACAAAGGGAAAGAAAGGAUCACCAUCAAAGUUUAAGAUGCCAACAUUCCAAUUGCCAAAAUUUGGAGUUGGUGUCACAAGUUCAACAGCAGGUAUGAAAAUAGAUGGUGCUGAUAUUGAGAUUCCUGAAGAGGUUCUUGAAGUUGGCGUUGCAGCACCCAGCACUGAAUUAAAAGAACCUUCAAUCUCCUUGAAAACCAGUGGAUCUGAACAUGAAGGAAAAGGAAGUAAGUUCAAACUGCCAAGUCUUGGAUUGUCUGUCCCUCAAACAAAAGGGCCUGACAUUGAUUUAAGCUUAUCGAAGAAAGAUGUAGAUGUUACACUUCCAGAAGGCAAAGCUGACAAAGCUGGUAAGGCCCCUGAGGAAGAUAUCAACAUUGAUGUUCCCAGAGUUGAUGUCAUACUACCAGAAGUCAAAACAGAUGUACAUCUUCCCGAUACCGACCUUAAAGAAUCCUCACAUAUUACCAUAGAGGGGGGAACCGAUACAAACCUUGAGGCUAAAUUGAAAAAGCCAAGAUUUUCAUUGCCAAAAUUUUCAUUUUCCAAGCAAAGUGUUGAUAUCAGUCUCCCCAAAACUGAUCUUAUUCUUCUGCAAGGUGAUAUAGUCAAACAACCUGACAAUGAGUUCAGUAUGGGAGUAAGUGAUGUGAAUAAAGGCAUUAAAAUUGAUGCAGCACCUGGCAUUGACUCUAAAGGUGUAGCUGUAGAUGUGAAAGCUAAGGGAGGUGAGGUAUCUGGAAGCAAGUUUAAAAUGCCAAAUCUGGCCAUCUCAAUGGGCAAAGUUAAAAGUCCUGAAACAGAUUUAAGUUUAUCAAAAAAAGAUGUUGAUAUUUCCUUACCAGAAGUAACAGCUGACAUCAAACUACUCCAUAUUGAAGGCAAAGAAACUGAAGGUUCUAUUUCAUUACCAGAAGCACCUACAACUGAGGCUGAAGUCAAGUCAAAACGACCAAGUUGGACAUUUCCAAAAUUUUCCUUUUCAAGGACAGCCGAUAAGGCCCCAUCUAUUGAUGUCAAAAUUGAAACACCCAAAGCUGAGAUUAUAUCAAGCAAAACAGAAGUCUGUCUAGUAGAAGCUGAAAUCAAAGGACCUUCAAUGGAAGAACCACCUGCUGAAGAAACUGAAACAAACUUGAAAAAAACUAAAUUUUCACUUCCCAGAUUUUCUUUUUCAAAGUCAAGUAUUAAAGAAUCGGAGUUAAGUGAUGAGCUUCCACAAGCUGAUGUUUCUGUUUCAGAGGGAGAAAUAAAAGUUAAACAACCUGAAAUGGAAAUUAAAGCUCCUGAGCAAGAAGCUGGGCAAGGAAGCCCAUUUAAGUUCCCAAAGUUAGGCAUUGUACAAACAAAAGCAAAAGGACCUGAAGUGGAUUUAAAAUCAUCAAUAAAAAAUGUCGACAGCAAAUGGCCAGAAAUAAAAGCAGAGGUCAAAAUCUCAGAAGAAGAAGUCAAACAAUCUUCAUCUAGUUUGGGAAUCAAGUCUUCUGAGACUAAAGCAGAGUCAAAAGAUGCUGGAGGAUCCCCUUUAAAACAAAAAAUGUCACCACUGAAAAUGCCAAAAUUUAGCAGUGCUUCCUCUGAUGUUACCAUGGAAGCACCCAAAACAGGAAAAGUAAUUGACAUUCAUGGAUCUACACUUAAGGAGGAUAUUUCUGCCACCGACAAAGAUUUGACUGUUAAUAUUAAAAUGGAUGAUUCCAAAGGUAUAAUAUCAGAAUCUGAAACACCCAAGACUGAGAUUGAUGUUGUGGGUCUUCCAUCACCAAGUAAAUUCAAACUACCAUCUUUUAAAAUGCCCAGGCUUAGCUUCUCAAAGUCUAAACCUGAAGAGGAACAGCUUCCUGCUGACAUAGAAGAUAAAGAAGCUCAACUGAAAAUGGAAGUUGAAACAAAAGGAGAAAGUAAAUCACCAAAAAUGAUUCUGACAUCAUUUGGUGAGAUCCUAAAGACUAUUGAUGUUGAAUUUGAUGUUCCAAAAGCAGACCAAGUUGAAGAAGAUCUUGUAGUCUCAAAAGAAGUUCAAGAAAUAGGCGAACAUGCUGGAAAGCAAUUAGAAGCAAAGGAAAAAGGAGCAAGUACAAUACAAGAUAUUUCCAAGACUCCCGAGAGGACAGGUUGGUUUAAAUUUCCUAAGUUUGGCCUGUCUUCCCCUUCAGAAGCCACCAGUGCUCCUGAGAAAAGUGAACAAAUGGAUGAAAAGAGCCCAGUAGGGGGAACAGGGGACGAGGAAAUUAGCCCCACCUUUUCUGUCCAAUCAUCGGAUGCCUUUGCUGAUAUAAGUUCUGCAGUCACAAGUGAGCAUGUUGGCCCAUCCAUAUCUUCCCCAACAAAGGUAACUGUCAAAUAUUCUGAUCCAAAUGUUGCUACUGGGCUUGAAGAGACACACAGUAACAUCUUUACUUCAGCCACGAGGACUGAACUGAUCUCAGUUCAGCCUAACUUACCGGAGAAAAUCACUAUUCUGUCCUCUGGAAUAUCAUCGUCAUCAGAAGACACGUGCAGAUUGGAAUCUGGAAAACUACACGUCAUUACAACAAAUAUACAAGCAACCCCAGAAGCACAGCAUGCCCAGUUACUAACUGAUAUUCAAGCUGAAUUAGCUGGAGGCCUUCCCUUAAAAUCAGAGGCUAAUGAAACUACAUCAUGGACUGUGGAAGACUCAGACAGCGCCAAAAGAGCGGUGUUUGAGAGGCACUUAAUGACGAAAACUUCAAGUGAAAGAGGUGAAAGCAGAGAAACAAUUGUUAUAACCAAACAAAUUACACAUGUAUUCGACUCUUCCGAGCCCAUCUCUGGUGAGACAGCAUCAUCUAUACAGCGACUGAGAGACUCUGUGCACUCUGAGAAAAUGAGGUUCUUUGACGAUGCUGAGAAGUGAGGCAACUGGACAUAAUUCAUGUGUAAAGAUACUAUUCCUCUUUUUGCCUAGACCUGAAUGUCAGAGGAGACAAGUGAAUGAAAACAUGUUGGCAACUGGGAAAGGAAGUUAGCAUGUUUAACUUACCGAUCACAGAGAACAAUCUGUCAGUGUUCAGGCAUUACAACAUGAUGGUGAUGUGUUGUGCAAUGAUGCUGACCUACAAAAAAAAAAUGCAUUCCUGUAAUCCACGCUGACAGUCUGUUGAAGAUACUAACAAUGUGUAUAACUGUGUCCUUACUUCAAAUUACAGCAAGGCCUUACCAAAUAUCCUUGCUUAAGAUGCAGAAUGUUUGAUUUUUGCUUACCAAAAUCUCUAAAACUCAUUUUGCAGUUUUUCACUAUUGACUAAUUUACUUGUGUGUGUACUUUACAAAAUGAUAAUCACCAGUGCCGUCAACUAAAAUUUCUGACUGUUUGAGACUGAUGCAAAAAUCAAUUUAUUUUACUGACAUUCCAAAUUGUGUUUACAGUAAUUUCACUAUAAGGCUUACAGUAUAUACAAAUUACAAUAGCAUAAUGCAGUUAAGAUAGAACAAUGAAUAUGUAUGUAUAGCACCAAGAUACUGUUGUCGCUGUAGCUAAAAUGUAAAGAGACAAUAGCAAUCCAAAGCUGAAAUGAAAAGCGUAUGAUCAAACACAGCAAAUGUACUGCUAAAAUUAUAUUUUUUAUUAAUACUUUGCUACUUUGAACCUAAUUUGCCACACUAGAAAUCUGUCUGGACUCUGUUUUCUUUCCAUAUCUCUGUACAAAGUGGGGCUAUUGAACCGGCUAUAUAAAUAGCUUUUAAUGACCUUUGGAAUUUUAUUCGAUUACUGCUCCUGUUUGUAUUCUGAUAGGCUUUAACUUAACUUGUUUGCAAAGUUAUAGACAAUAAAUGCUAUUAUAUCCAAAACUA